GCGGGCGUGGAGUGUGUUGUUUGUGUUUUUGUCCACUAUAAAAUCAGUUAUGUCGUGAAAUGUGCGAAAAUAAUGCGAAUUUAUUUUAUAGAAAUAUACUUUCGAAUUAUGACUAUAGAUUGGAUGUGGUUGUGUGCAAAUGAAGUGACAUAAUUGAUUUACCAGCGAAAAAUCCAACUUCAGGGAACACCAUGACGAGCUACUACAUUACAUUGCUGUUGGUGCGCGUAGUGCUGCCAGGGGCUCUCCUGUUUAGUAUAGCACUUCGACCUUUCGGCCUCUCCAUGGUAUAUCUCCUGCUGUACUUAAUAGCACCCCUACCACAAGUACCAACGGCAAGCACAGUAACCGGUUUCCGCGGCAAGUUCCUGCUGUUAACAUUGGUGUCGUCGAUCCUACUGCUGCUCUCGCACGUGGUAUGGCACACGGUACUGGCGGCGUUCGCUCCGUAUGGAACGCUGCUGGACGAGCACCACCUGCUGCGGAAGAUAGGCCUCAACCUCGGCCUCGUCUCUUACAGCAGCAUCGACCCGCUCAUGGCCGUCCACUACAUCGCUCCUGAGCUGUUUAUGACCGGUACAUCUGUGGUGGUGUUCGUGGCAACCAAGAGACUCCUAACAACGAAGGCCGGAGAGACGCCCAAGAAAGAUGACAAAUAUCAAAAGUUUCCUCUUCUUACGUCUACUGGAAAAUACAUUUGCCUGUUCCUGAUCAUGUUCUCUGGUAUCCUUCGUCCGAGCGUCACGUCUGGGUUGUACUUUCUGGUGUUCAUGGGCGCGGCGACGGCGUGGGCGCUGGGCAAGCCGCUGGAGAAGGGCUUCGCUGUAGUCGGCCGCUGCGUCAUGGCUAUCAUGGCUAUACACGUCAUAGUGCUGCUGGUCUAUCAAUGCGAGUGGCUUAUCGAAUUCUACGCGCCCGAUAAUGAUUUUGCCAGAUAUUUCGGCCUAACAAAGCUAGUAGAUAUCAACGAAACCGUCAGUCACAGUUUUACUUACGAAGUAACGGACGAUGGACACUGGGCCACGCUAGCGAGUCCUCUAGUCAUACUUUUCACCUACUACGUACUCGCCAUAGAAUCGAGAGAGCUGUUUAAACCAAAGACGAAAAAAAAAAGCGCGUUGACGGGUAUAGAGAGCGGUAAGCUGAAUGGCUCUCUGAUGCGGGGCGUAUCCUUCCAUCGAGCAAGCCGACGAACCGCCCGCGACAAAUGGAAAAGUGCCACUAAGCGAGCCCGAAUGAGUCAACUGAUCAGAACGGUGAGCCCUACCAAACGGUGGUCGAGCAUUCGCUCAGGGUCCACUAUGCGGCAACUGCAUCAAGACUCCAUGGGGUCUGUGCUCGUCACUGAUGAUGAAUCCGGGUAUGCUGAUGAUGAGCCAACCCUUGUAGACGAUAUCCUCGCUGCGAUCGUAGAUUUCUUCCAAGUUAUUAUCAGGUCAUCAUACAUAGCGACAACAAUAACGAUGAUGGCGUGGAGUAUAAUGUACCAUUCGUGGCUGACUUUCGUGUUCCUAAUGUGGGCGAACAUUGUAUGGCUGUGUCAGGAUCAGAGGUCGUUUAUGUUGAAGACCAGCCCCGUUCUGGUGAUAUAUGCCAUGCUGCUUCUACUUUCACAGUAUGUGUUUGGAAUGAAUCUCACUGAAGACGAACUGCCUUCUAAUAUUACGGAAGUAAAUCUCCGGCAAAUCGGGCUGGGUCGUACAGAAGGCGAGCCGUGCGUUCCCCUGCUCAUCAAGUCUCUGUUCACGUGCAUGUUCUGGGUGACGCUACGUCAACGCGUCCAGGAGAUCCGGGAGCGACGUCAGUCUACCGUCAUCACCGACAUGGCUGCGCCGCUGCAGCUCACUGUGUCUACUGCGGCUAGUGUAAUAGAGGCCCAGAAAGAAGAUGGCAACAGAUCCCGUUUGCUCCGCGUGUUGGGAGAGUUCCUACGAGCGGCGUGUGCGCGGUACUGGAUCUAUGUGGUGGUUAUCAUGCUGUUUGUCAUCGGAAUCACCGGUGAACGCAUGACCAUAUUCAGGAUCAUCUAUAUGUUCCUAUUCCUCGCAUUCAUACUUAUGUUCCAAAUCAGUUGGUACUGGUGGAGGCGGCUGAUGACCAUAUUCUGGGUGGUGGUUAUCGUGUACUCGAUGAUCAAUCUCAUACUCAUAUACGUGUACCAGUUCGACAACUUCUCAAAGACCAUAGAGCAUUAUCUUUACAUCAACGAGAAAUUACAACACGACUUAGGACUGGAGCCGUACCACCCGGCGGACUUGUUCGUGAAACUGUUGACACCCACGCUGUUCCUCAUCAUAACUAUCAUGCAGGUCCACUACUUCCACAAGGACUUCAUCGCUUUCUCCGAACCCAAAUCCAAUUCCAGCAAAGGAGCUGAAUCGAGUAGACCUAGUCAAGGUGGUGCAUCUACGAUGAAGGAUGACAUACCACAACUUCCAAUGGAAGACGAUCACCCUCAAGCUUCAGCGCGGGAAAGUUCUUUAGCUGAUGACCAGUCGAUGGAGUUAUCCUCCAAUACAAAAAGGAAAUCGCUGCGGUCGCAAUCGCGGUCGUACGCGGCGACGAGCGCUCGUCCGUCGAUAGCGUUCAGAUCGUGGGUGGCGAUGCAGUUCGUCCUCUGGCGGGACCGUGUCUACGCUUGGACUGACAAAGUGUUCCUAUACCUGGACCUACACCUCAUCAAGAUCAUCAUGCUGGCGUUGAUGCUGCUCUGUGUUUUUAAUGUAUGCGCGAUGCACGUACCAAUAAUGCUGAUGAUCUGCCCGGCGUUGCUGCUCACGCGACAGAAGCAGCGGUAUUGCGUGCUCAUAGUAUCCACCCUCAUCAGCGUAUACUUCAUGGCCAAAAUGGUCUACCAAAUCGAAUACAUUAAACACGAUUACUUUGACGUCAACUGCACCACUGUUAGCGUGAAUAACACGGAAAACUUCACAACGUACAAUAACGCCGAGUGGAUUGGGUUCGUAAAGGCUAAUCACAAGAAACCCCUCGUCGUACUAUUGAAAGGAUACAUCGGCCUAAUCGCUAUAUUCACGUUCUACUCGCUCGUAGUAUAUAGACAGAAGACGCACAGGGAGCUUCACAACUUGUCUUCGGAAAAUGAUGAUAUAAUGUUCCCCGAGGUUCGCCGCAGGGACGCAGACAGAGAUUUAAUAUUCUGCAUCAAAUAUCUGAUGAACUACGGCUUCUACAAGUUCGGAGUAGAGAUCACCCUGAUGUGCCUUAUGGGCGUCAUCGGGUCCCGGAUGGAUGUGUACGCAGUGAUCUACGCAGCAUGGCUGUUGGUACUAGUGUCAGUGCGGCGGAAGACACAGGCGAGGUUGUGGUGGCCAUUCACACUGUUUGUCACCGUCGUCGUCCCCAUACAGUAUCUGAUAGCUGUUGGGUUUCUUCCCCAGUUCUGCGUCACUUACCCUUGGAGUGGCACUACACAGCAAAUGAAACACAUCCGCAACUGGCUCUUCCUUCCGUACCCUCUGGAACCACCGCAUGCGAUCAAGCUCAUCUUCGACUAUUUCCUACUUGUUUUCGCGACGUUGCAACUCCGAGUGUUCGGUAUUGAGAAAACGCACGGCGACAGCUACUCUGGAGGAUCCAACUCCGAAGACAUCGGCAAGGACUGGGAAACGCCUCAUUUCUCCAACCCUGUACCGGAUUUCCUAGGAUUUGUUGGAACGUGGUUGGACGUCCUCAAACGCAUGGUGUUCCUGGGCAUGCUGUGGGUGACGCUGGCAAUCAUGUUCAUGACGGGCACCAACCGCGUCAACCUCUUCUCUAUGGGAUACCUCAUUGGUUCUUUCAUCUUCCUCUGGCAGGGAACCGACUUCUAUCUCCUGCCUAAAGACGCUAUAUUACAGUGGUGGUCAUGGCUGCUCCGGUACAACGUAACCGUGGUGGUAAUCAAGACGCUCCUACAGAUUCCGGGUUGUAUCUUCGGCGCCGUGAUGCAGGAGCACGCCUGCUGGUUGGUCCAACUUUUAGGUAUCGGCUGCGUGGACAAAUUCGCCGGCGGCAACAUCGCUAGGUUUAUCAAGAUGGACUACGUGAAGGAGGCAGCAUGUUCCGUGCCACAAGAAGACAUCGGCCUGGCGUGGGACGGAGUGUGCUUUGCGUUCCUGAUACUACAGCGACGACUGUUCUAUAGCUACUAUUUCUACCGCGUCAUCGACGAGAGCAAGGCUACUACUGUGCUCGCUUCUAGAGGGGCAGAAUUGAUAGAAGAACUGCGUCUCAAACAAAUGCGAUUGCAAGAAGAACAAGAGGUAAAGAUAUUGGAGAAAAUUAAGGUGAAGAUGGAACGGAUUAAAGCUAACCAAAGGAAGAUUCAAGGCAUCACCAAAGAACCUCGACAUCACGACGCAGGAAGUGAACCGGGACCACCUGGGGUUAGGCGUCGAGUUUUUACGAAGCGGCACGAAGAGUACGAUUGUCCGCCGUACAGGCCGCCUACCAGCCACCAGAAGGCGGUUCGAUCUGGAGACUACUAUAUGUUCGAUGAGUUCGACGAUACGGACAUGCCGAUGAAGGAACAAGACAAGGAUGAGGAAGAUGAAGAGGGACCAAAGGAAAUGGGACUCGGCAAGUUGCUAUCGACGGUGAUCAAGACCGACCUGAAGCACGCGAUGUCGAUGCGGCGUGCGUCGGCGCCAGCCGUGCGCUCCACUAGGCGCCUCUCGCUCUCCAGUCACCCGCACUCAUAUGCGCACGAGACUCGAGGCAGGUCUCCGGGGCCGGUGCAAGAACAAGACAUCAAUAUGGAAAUGGCAGAGCCGCCGCCUGACUCCGAGUUUGAUGACUCUGGCAUGCCACCAGAAAACGAGACGUGGUUCGACAAGCUACGCCGGUAUAUGGACACGGUGUGGGCGUUCAUAUCAAGCUUCCUGGUGUCCCUGACGCGGCAGCUCAUGCGGCACUCGCGGGACUACCGAUAUGUCUCCCGCACGCUCACACUCGAAAAGAAAGUACUCAAGGAGAAAGAAGGAUUCGGAAUCGGGUUACGGGAAGGCUCGCAGAUGAGGUGGGAACCCCUUCCAGAGACGCUGGUUCACCGCCGUAAGUUAAGCGAAAUCUCGGUGCCGGAGAUCCGCAUACUGGCGCCCAGCAUGGAGCGCGGGCUGGACGCGUCACCGCCGCGCUCCCCGCCCGGCACCCCCUCCGAGCCCAACAUAUCCGACGACGAUACUUCCGAACACGAGAGCGCGUUUAGCUUGCAGUCUACCGAAAGCAAGGAUGUGUCGCUAUUGGAAGAGCAAGACGACUCGAUGUUCAAGCACGAACGAUCGCCGUUUGUUCACCUCGUGUACGCGCUAUGGUACGCCAUACUUGCGCAUACGGACAUCGUCUGCUAUAUCAUGGUGUUUAUUAAUCAGAUUCAAUCGGCGACUAUUCUAUCGAUCCCGCUGCCGCUAAUGGUGUUUUUGUGGGGUACUCUCACCAUACCGCGACCGACGAAGACUUUCUGGGUCACACUUAUUGCGUACACCGAGGUAAUAGUGCUUAUAAAGAGCAUGUUCCAAUUCGAGAUCCUGCCGUGGAACCAGAAGGCGAUCCCUGCGAACAUGCCCUUCACCGCACCGCGCAUCAUCGGCAUCGAGCGUAAACAGAACUAUGCGCUCUACGACCUGUUGCUGUUGCUGAUCAUCUUUUUGCAUAGGUUUAUGUUGAAAUCUCUAGGGCUAUGGAAGGAGACGACACCAGAGAUCGAACUCCGCGAGGAUAUGGAGUUCGAACUGAAGCCUGAGGACACACAGAUGUUGGUCGAGGGUCGCGGCACUGAGGUCGGCAAGAAAUACGUCAAACUUCACGACGAGACUGGCCCUAUAACUAACGAGGAGAUGGCUGGGAUGGGCGGUGAUAGUAAUAUGGACAACGGUGACCGUCGUAUGCAGUUGCGGGAGUCGGAAUUACGACCCGGACCGUCGAAGCCAUCUGAAGACGACCAUUAUAAAGUAGACGAUGAUCAAGAGCCAAUAAUAGCCGUGACGACUGUUAUGGACGAGACGUACUCGCAUUUUCCGGGAGUUAUAUGGCUGUCGAUCAAGCGGUACCUCCGUCCAACGCAGCGGUUCUUCCAACGCAUGCUGGCGCCGGGCGCGCGCGUCACUGCAGACGUGUACGCGUACAUGUUUCUCUGCGACUUCUUUAAUUUCUUAGUCGUUAUAUUCGGUUUCGCUGCCUUUGGGACUCACCAAGGCGACGGCGGUGUGCAAGCGUAUCUAGAAGAGAACAAAGUACCCAUUCCGUUCUUAGUGAUGUUGAUCCUACAGUUUGCUCUGAUCGUGAUCGAUCGGGCACUCUAUCUACGCAAGUUUAUGCUCGGAAAGAUACUCUUCCAAUACGCACUUAUCAUCGGAGUACACAUAUGGAUGUUCUUUGUGCUUCCAUUCAUCACUGAGAGGACAUUCAACACGCUACCGCCGCCGCCAAUGUGGUACAUGGUGAAGUGCAUCUACCUCCUGCUGUCGGCGUAUCAGAUCCGCUGCGGGUACCCGCGCCGCAUCAUCGGCAACUUCCUCUGCAAGUCCUAUCGGUUCCUCAACAUGGUCUUCUUUAGAGGGUUCAUGGCGGUACCGUUCGUGUUCGAGUUGCGCACGCUCAUGGACUGGAUAUGGACGGACACGUCGAUGACGCUCAUGGACUGGCUCAAGAUGGAAGACAUAUUCGCUAAUGUCUUCUUACUCAAGUGUUCUCGGUACGUGGAGGACGAAUUCCCCCAGCCGCGCGGUGUCAAGAAGUCCACCAUCGCCAAGUACCUGCUGGGAGGCAGCGUGCUCGCCUUCGUCAUCGCCAUCAUCUGGUUCCCGCUCGUGUUCUUCGCGUUCGGCAACACGGUCGGAGAGCCGAACCCACCGACCGACGUGACAGUGAAGAUCCGCAUCGGACCGUUCCUCCCCGUAUACCAGAUGUCGGCGCAAUCGCACAAUAUUGAUUUAUUUACAGAACAAGACUACGCGCAGCUGAGCAACAUGUACGCGCGCGACCGCACGGCGCAGACGUUCCUCUCCAACUAUAUAUACAACGAUGUGGCGGUUGUAACUAUCAACCCCAACUCCACCAUGAAGUGGGAGAUCUCGCCACCAGAGCUGGACCGCCUCGAGAUGGAGGCCGAGUCGAAUGCGACUCUGAAAGUGAAAUUCACUUUCGUGAUAACGCAUCCAAGCAAUACUGCUCAGAACCCGCCGACUAUAGAGGAUCAUCGAGAGGUGGAACUACCGGCGUAUGUAGCUGGCCACAGGAAUCCCGAGCGAGAGACGCUCUAUAAGAUGCUUGUCAACACGUCUGCUCCAGAUACUUGGUUGAACGUGGAAACGUUAUUCCCGAAGUUUUUGAAAGUGUUCAAUAAAGGCACCGCGAAACCAGCUUACCAACUGAUGCCGUCUACUGGCUUCGAUGAGGAUCCUUUUGUGAUCGAAGAUACGCGCCUUUACCGCAACGUUCAACUGCGGCUGGAAAGAAAUAGGAACUCCAUGUAUUGGCGGGUGCGAGAAAAGUGUUCAGACUCGGACCAACUAGCGGCGCUGCCAUUGAACAACUGCGACAUGCUCGUCAUGUACACGUUCAACGAUAAACUCUUCCCUGAAACUCUUAAUUUCAUAUCUGGAGGCGGAAUCAUCGGAUUGUACACCACAUUCGUAUUCCUGGCCUCCCGCGUGAUCCGCGGAUUCUUCUCCGGAAUCUACACCAAGAUCAUGUUCGACGACUUGCCAAACGUCGAUCGGGUCUUGCAACUCUGCUUAGACAUCUAUUUGGUGCGAGAGGCUCUCGAGCUUGCACUUGAAGAAGACUUGUUCGCAAAGCUAGUGUUCCUGUAUCGCUCACCAGAAACUAUGAUAAAAUGGAGUCGGCCCAAAGAGGACGAGAACGAAGAACAUCAGCAAGCACUGCCUCCUUCGCGCUGAAUCUAAUUUGUGCAAAUGCUUUUACGAUUUUUAAUACCAAGAUUGACGGCAUACGAGUCAUUGCCAACUAAUUCUGGCGUGAGUGGCACGUUAUGAUUAAUCACGAUCGAUAUGCCGAAAACGUCCAAUGUUAUGUAUAAUUAUAAUUACUGCCGUUACUAGCGCAAUGCCUAUGCACUGCACCAUCUCGGCAUGCGAUAGAUACGUAAGUUGUACAGUAUGAUGUAAGAAUAAUUGGUGCACACUUCAAAACUUUUCCCCUUACUUAUGUUAACUAAAUUGUAAGCUAUGCACGGCAAAUAUUCCAGUACUUUUCUCACUAGUAUCCUAAAUGUGCACGUGCGAUGCCGGAGCAUUUAGUAAGUACUUAAUUUACAUAUUCUUGGUUCAUUCCUAGGAGAAAAUAAAAAGCUCUCUUGCUCUAUUGAAACUGAUAUUAAGUAUGCAUAAUUUAUCCUUAGAUUAAGUCAACGAUCUGAUGUCACUCGCAUACAUCAGUUACCAAGAUAAGUCCUUCCCAAUUCUAAUGUUUAUCGCAAACAGUGUCUUUGUGUUUACAGAGUUAUCUUUAUGAAAUAACAUACGAUUUCGAUCACACGCCAUCAGCCAUUAUGAUUGACAGUUUUUAUUAAUUUAUUAUUAUGUGUUUUUGAAACAUGUAAGUCAUUAAUUUAUUGUCGUUAUACCUACAUACAAGGUGUACAUAAAGUAGGUUUUUUAAUUUAUUUAUGUCUCAGAUGCAGGAUAAAACCAUGUUGUUGAGAACGAUCAAUAAUCAAGCACUUCCAAUAAAUAAAAUAUACCUCAAUUUAUAGAAUUAAAGUUGAUCAAUGCAUUUGAUAUUUUAUAAAUUUUAUUAAAGUAAGGAGGAUUAAUUGUACACUUUUGUAUUGUGAUUGUUGUGUUAAGUUGCAUUUAAUGUUGUCGAUUUGUGAUAAUAAAAGUCAUAUAAAAUGUUAAAA